AUGGCCAAGAAGGGCAAAAAGAAGAAUAAUAAGACUAGCAACAACCGCCUCCCCGUCGGUGCUGCUCCAAACACCGAGCCUGACGAAAGCACCAACCAGCCUGCCCUCGACUCGGAGGCUGCAGGUGCUGAAGAUGAGCUCAGCAGGUUACAAACCUUCGAUUUCAACACCGCAUCUUAUUAUACUUAUCCUAUUUCAAUUCCCAAUGGCAAUGAUCUGACGGCACCCAAGGUCCAGGACGACAAAGAGCCAAGUGCCGAGCAAGAGAAGGAGACUCCUCCAGCUGAAGCUGCAGUAGAGGAGCCAAGCGCCUCUCCUGAUGAACCCCCCGCACCAGCAGAAAAUGCAGGGGACACACCACCAGCCGAGUCCGCUGAAGCCACCGACGCCCCUGGUGAAGAUGCCAAAGAAGAGGGCAAGGACGCUGACCCUCCUGCAGGCGAUGAGCCUGCGCCGAGUGCAGAGGGCGAAGCUCCUGCAGCAGAGGCCGCUGAAGAGCCGCCUACAGAGGGUGCAGAAAGCGCAGAGCCAGAGCCAGAGACGACAGAAGAGACUCCAGAACCCGCAACAGACGACGGCGAACCCAAGAAAGAUGACGACAAUGGAAACAAUGAUUUUCCAGAAUGUGACCCUGAACUCGGACACGGUGGAGUAGAGUCUGAGAAGGAGGAGAUUGCCAAACAAGCAGCUGAAGACGCCGAAGCCGAGGGAGAUCCUGCCGAAGCAGCGGAAGAAAGCAAGGACGCCCCUGUCGAAGAUCACCCAGCUGAAAGCAACGCAGAGCCUGCGCCUGAAGCAGCUACAGAAGAUGGUCCCAAGGACGAACAAGCUCCGCCAGAGGCAAAAGAGGAUUCUCCACCCACCGACGAUGCAGUCGAGCUCGAGAAGGAAGUGGAAGCUCAGCCCGAAGAACCAGCAUCAAUCAAGCCAGAGCAACCGCCAGCAGAAGAUCCUGCGCCUGCGCCGGCUGAGACCCCUUCGGAUAAAAAGAAGAAGAAAAAGAAAGGGAAGAAAGGGAAGAAAGGCUCCUCGGACGAAGAAGCAGAGCCUGCGCCUACGCCUACGCCUGAACCUGAACCCACUGCUGAAGCCGAGCCCGAGCUCCCUCCAGAGCCUGCGGCCGAAGCAGCUCCCGAAUCCGCUGUUGAGCCUGAGCCUGAGAUUUCUGCUGAGCCUGCUCCUGAACCCGCUGCUGAGCCCGAGCCUAAGAUUUCUGCUGAGCCCGAACCUGAGCCUGCUGCUGAGCCCGAACCUGAACCUGCUGCUAAGCCCGAACCUGAACCCGCUGCUAAGCCCGAACCUGAGCCUGCUGCUGAGCCCGAACCUGAGCCUGCUGCUGAGCCCGAACCUGAGCCUGCUGCUAAGCCCGAACCUGAGCCUGCUGCUGAGCCCGAACCUGAGCCUACUGCUGAGCCCGAACCUGAGCCUGCUGCUAAGCCCGAACCUGAGCCUGCUGCUGAGCCCGAACCUGAGCCUGCUGCUAAGCCCGAACCUGAGCCUGCUGCUGAGCCAGAGCCCGAGCCUGCUCCAGAGCCUAUAGUCGAGCCUGAAACUAAACCCGCACCGGUAGAGGCUCUUUCGAAAAAGAGUAAGAAAAAGAAGAAGGGGAAGGCCUCUAAAACCGCCGAUCAGGCAGUGGUGCCCGAGUCCGCAAAUGAAACUGCCACAGAUCAAGCUCCUGAGCCAGUCCCGGAGGCAACAAAAGAAGCUCCUGCUGAAGCUGCACCCGUAGAGCCCGCGGCUGAAUCGGAGGAAGCUCCUACUGAAGCUGCCAAGGAACUAGAAGAUGCGCCCGCUGAGGCCCCCGCGCCCGAGGCUUCGCAGGACACUUCGGCCGGUACAGCAGUAGCGGAAGCGGCCGCAGAAGCGAAGGACGAGCCUGUGGAGGAGCCAGCUGCCCCCGAGCCUGAACCAGCUCAAGAGGAAGCGGCCGCAGAAGCAGCUGGUGAAGCCGCACUCGCCGAGGACACGACAGAUGAAUCAAUUCCUGAACCACCAGUCGAAGAAACAGCGGAAGCAGCACCGGCAGAGGAGCCAUCUUCUGAACCACCUGCGGAAGAGCCAGCUGCUGAGGAGGUUCCCGGAGAAGCAGUCGCCGAAUCCACUCCUACGCCGGAGUCUAUUCCAAAGGAAGCGCCACCAGAGAAGCCUGCAGCUAUAGAGGAGCCCGUAACAGAGCCGCUUGCCGCCGAUGAGCCUGUCGCUGAUCCCCCUGCUGAUCCCGAGCCCGAGCCCGCUCACACCGAGGAACCCGCCACAGAAGAGGUACCCGCUGAGGAACCCGUCGCGGAAGCUCCUGCCGAAGAAGCUCCAAGGGAUGAAGCUCCGGAUGAGGGGCCUACCGUCGAAGUUGCUCCUAGCGAAGAGCCUACGCCUGAGCCACCCGCUGCUGAGGAACCAGCUCCCGCAGAUCCUGUGCCCGAAGAGCCUGUAGCGCCCCCCGAUGAACCAGAGGCUGUGGCCGAAGAGCCUGUUCCAGAACCGCCUUCUGAGACACCUGUGGAGGAGCCUGCAGCAGUUGAAGAGCCACUAGCUACAGAGGCUGCAGAAGCUCCAGCAGAAGAGGCAGCUCUCGAGCCUGUGGAAGAUGCACCUGAGCCGGAGCCAGUCAUUGAGACACCCGCGGAAGUCGCGCCUGAAGUCGAUGAAACAGCAAACGAGGCCCCUGCUAUCGACGCACCAGAGGAGCCAGUAGCCGUUGAGCCUGCUGCUCCGGAAGCUGCAGCGCCCGAGGAAGCUCCACCAGUAGAGGAGCCAUCUCCUGAAGCGGAACAAUCUAAGGAUAUCCUUGCUGAGGAGGCCCCAGCUGAAGCUGACCCAGAACCUACUCCUGCUCCCAUGGAAGAGCCACCUGCUAUUGAAGAGGUCACUCCAAGAGAUGAAGCUCCAGAGCCUGCUCCAGAAGAAGCUGUAGGACCUCGUGACGAGCCCGAGCCAGUGUUCAUGGAGGACCAUGCCGGUGAUGCUGGCGAUGCCGGUGAUGCUGCCGCUAGAGAACGUCGACGCAAGAGGCGCUCACCCAAUAGUGGUCGCGAUGGUCGCGACGGCCGUGAAGGUCGUGAGACUAGCGGCCGUGAGCGACGAUACUCAAAGACAUCCUCUGAUGGACGUCGUGAUCAGCUUCAGCUUCAGCGCCAAAAGAGUGAACGUGGUGGCGUUUUUACCAACCGAUGGGCCAUGGCUUUGGAAGAAGCUCGCCGGCAGCAUGAUGAGAAAGAGCGAGCCAAGGCGCAAGCUAAGCGACAGUCCGAAGCCGUCGCCACCGACAAAGUGCGCAGUGGAAUUCCCCCGUCGGAGAAGUCCAAGCACUUGGAGCGUGCGGUGAAGGACAAGGAGCCGCUGGUUGUCGAGGUCAAGCCCAAGCGUCGUGCUUCCCAUCAAGAGCCGAGCCGCUCCGUUAAGCCUCCCCCGUCGUCGAAAGAGAUGUCCACCUCCGCUCCUAAGCCUAAAGCCUUCCUUCGGUACAUGAGCAACGGCCAAUCGGAGAAUAAAGGCCCUCUCUUGCGCGUCAAUAGCUCCAAGUCCACGUCUAAGUCUACAGCCCCGGCGCCCGAACUGUCGCGUCGAGCUUCUACAUCCCAUAGCCAUAGCAGCAGUCACCGUGAGCGUGAUUCCAAUGAAGAGAGGAGAUCCAGCGGACGUUCUAGCGGAUCACACUCUCGACGUGAGGAAGAUGCUACCCGGUCGGAGAAGAAGUCUCGUCGUCGAUCUGUCGUUGAGCCCGAGGCUAAGCCCCGUGAGAAGGAGAGCCGCGAGAAGGAGAGAAAGCCUGAAAGCUCUCGCCGCCACCGAACCAGCCAGGAGAAGGAGCCCCGUGAGAGUCGUGAAGCCCGCGAGCCUCGUCAAAGCCGUGAGAACCGCGAAACUCGCGAUCGCACCCAUCGCCGCCGACGCGAUGAGUCCCCACCCAAAGAACAGUCGAAGCUUAAGGGACUCUUCAGAGCCAUCACUGCGUUUUAA